AUGCCUUCCUCCAGGAAGAGGCGUAUUCCGAAGUUCGUAAUACGUGAUGUUGACGAGGAUGUCCUGUAUGGUCCAAAACCUCAAGACGAGGAUCAAGAACUCGCCAUAGGUGAUUCGCAUUACGAGACGGUUUCACCAAGUCCCAAGCGAUUAAGAUACCAAAACACAUCAGCGGUUACAGUAUUCGUUGGACAGCAGGCGACUCCCUUUGUGGCACACAAGGAGUUCUUGUGUGAAGUGUCUGAUUACUUUAAAGCUGCUUUGACUGGCCAGUUUGCUGAAGCCAAAGAGGAUAAAGUUAACCUGCCUGAGCAAAAAGCCCAUGUGUUCGAUGACUUUCUGACUUGGCUCUAUGGAGGGUCGCUCGACAGCCUGGCACUCCGGAAGUUAAAAACAGGACUGGGACAUGAACUCGACUGGGAACAUAUCCGCGACCUCUAUGUCUUUGCAAAGUACAUCCAGUGCCCAAAGUUUAGCAACCAUCUACUCAGCACUGUAUGGAAAAGCUCAAUUUCUGUACUGAUUAUCAGAUCCCCCGCGCCUGAGGCGGUAACGUUGAUCUACCAGGAUACGGCGGAGAGUUGUGGUCUCCGGAGACUCGUCGUGGGGUUUUUCAUGCAGAAUAGGGACAAGAGUGACUGGACAGAUCCCAAGGAAAGCAAGGAUUGGAUCAGCAAGUUCCCCACCGAGUUCUGCUGUGAAGUGCUCGUCCAGACUACCAGACAAGUGAUGGGGCUUGAGAAGCAGAUUCUGGUUCCUGGGGGAAGCUCUGACGAAUGUCCGUACAGUGAUUGA